UGAUGGCCAGUUGUACAGCAUGCCACCUGCCCAGGAUGAGGAGCCUCCCACUUGUGCUGAUGAGUUUGAUGACUUUGUCACCUAUGAGCUUUGUCUCAGAGAACAAAGAGGGCUAGAGUCCUGCCUCUACCUGGCUUGUUCAUCCUGUCUAUACCUGGCCACUGAGGUGACAGACAGUGCAUAUAUGGGCUCUGAGAGCACCUACAGUGAGUGUGAGACCUUCACUGAUGAGGACACCAGCACCCUGGUGCACCCUGAACUGCAUCCUGAGGGGGACGCCGACAGUGCGGAGGGCUCAGCUGUGCCCUCUGAGUGCCUGGACACCAUGGAGGAGCCUGACCAAGGUGCACUGCUGCUGCUUCCAGGCAGGUCUCGUACCCGUGGCCAGGCUGUCGUCAUGGUGAUUGGUGGCGAGGAGCAUUUUGAGGACUAUGGGGAAGGCAGCGAGGUGGAGCUGUCCCCAGAUACCCUCUGCAAUGGAGAGCUGGGGUGCAGCGAUCCUGCUUUUCUUACCCCCAGCUCCGACCCGCUUGCUGCAAAGCUGCACAGCAUCCUCACUGAUGAGGCUUUUGAGUUUUACUGUAGCCAGUGCCACAAACAAAUCAACCGCCUUGAGGAUCUCUCUGCCCGCCUGAAUGACCUUGAGAUGAAUAGCCCAGCCAAGCGGCUCUCCAGCAGGAAGGUGGCAAGGUACCUGCACCAUGGAGCCCUGACCAUGGAGGCUCUGGAGGACACUCCAUCAGAGCCUGUGGAAGGCCCAGAGGAGGACAUUGCUGACAAGGUCGUCUUCCUGGAGAGACGGGUGUCAGAGCUGGAGAAGGACAGCAUGGCUGCAGGGGAGCAGCAUAGCAGGCUGAGGCAGGAGAACCUCCAGUUGGUACACAGAGCCAAUGCCUUGGAGGAGCAGCUGAAGGAACAGGAGCUGAGAGCCCACGAAAUGGUAUUAGAAGAGACCAGAAAGCAGAAAGAACUUCUGUGUAAGAUGGAGCGAGAGAAGAGCAUUGAGAUUGAGAACCUGCAAGCUAGGCUGCAGCAGCUGGAUGAGGAGAAUAGCGAGCUACGGUCCUGCACACCCUGUCUGAAGGCCAACAUCGAGCGCCUGGAAGAGGAGAAGCAGAAGCUGCUGGAUGAGAUUGAAGGGCUGACACUGCGGCUCAGUGAGGAGCAGGAGAACAAGAGGAAGAUGGGGGAUAGACUGAGCCAUGAGCGCCACCAGUUCCAGAGGGACAAGGAGGCAACCCAGGAGCUAAUUGAGGACCUCCGUAAACAGCUGGAGCACCUGCAGCUCCUCCGGCUAGAGGCUGAGCAGAGGCGAGGCCGCAGUAGCAGCAUGGGAUUGCAAGAAUACCACAGCCGCACCAGGGAGAGCGAGCUAGAGCAGGAGGUCCGCAGGCUUAAGCAGGACAACCGCAGCCUGAAGGAGCAGAACGAUGAGCUGAAUGGGCAGAUCAUCACUCUCAGCAUCCAAGGUGCCAGAAGCCUAUUCUCCACAGCCUUCUCCGAGUCUCUGGCUGCAGAGAUCAGCUCAGUCUCCCGUGAUGAGCUCAUGGAAGCCAUCCAAAAGCAGGAGGAGAUCAACUUCCGCCUACAGGACUACAUUGACAGAAUCAUCGUGGCCAUCAUGGAGACCAACCCAUCCAUCCUGGAGGUCAAGUAGGGCAGCAGAGCCCAGUCUGGGCUGGCUCAGGACGCCACCAGCAUCCCGAGUGCCCCGCCACACCAUAAGGAGCUGAGACCAGCAGGCUCUCAGCCUGCCAAACCUAGGGCGUGCAGGACUCUUAGAGAGUGGGGAAGGGAAGAAGAAGGGGAACCUGUGGGACUGAGUUCACAGCAGGCAAAGAUUGUGGCAGGGCCUUCCCACCCCAAGUUGCCUGGCUAUAGUGCCCCAUGUCUGCUAAUCAGGGAUGGGCUCUUAAGCUGUGUACAGAGUUUAAGACAGCUUCUCAGGCCAGGCGAGCCCUCUGACUCCCUUGCAGCAGACCCUUCUUCCCUCCAUGCAGCCCUCUCAGGCAGAAAGGAAGAAAACGGGUCUCUACCAGGGCUGCAACUGCCCACAAAGCGCCCUCACAUGGUGCCACCCCAACCCAGCCACUCCUGAAUGGUGUCCAAAUCCUGGACUCUCCCACAGGACAUGAGGGUAUUGGAAGGUCAGGAAGGGAGGCUGGUAUAUGUAGGUCUGGCUGGGAACCAUGUGCCCCCAGCUCUCCCUGAGUGGCUCAAGCCAUCACCCAAAUGGCUACCUUUGUCUAGCUUCAGGACCAGGGAUCUUCAAGUCACUGCCACCCUAUGCCCUGACUCUUACUCUAGUAAUUUUAAGGGCUCUAUGGGUGGUAGGUGUGCAUUAGGACCCUUUGCUCUGAUACCAGGACUUGAGCUCUUGACUGUGUGGAAUUCGCUCACUGAAUGGGGUGGACACUGCUGAGCCCUCUAACUACAGGGGCCACUGCUCUGUAGGUAUGACCUGCUCUGGGCUCCUGGAGUCCACACCUUUCCUAGGCAGACUAUCACUGCCCUGGAUGAAAUCCAUAAUCCUCAGACUAGAGUCCGAGUGUCUGGAACCAUGUUUUCUUCUGGUUCCUUCUGGGUGUGUGACUUGAAGUUUUGUUCUCUGGGUUAGAUCCUGCAACAGCGUGGGCAGGGUUGCUCUUUAUGGGCACAGGAGUACUGGGUGGCCUUCCUGCACAGUGCCUGCCCCACCCAAGUGGGCAGUGCCACCUCAUAGCUACUGGGCCUUCCCUGAGCCUGGGAGCCUUCUGGGUAUUCCCAGGUGGACCAAGACCCGUCACAAAGACUGGCCACCCCACUGUGUGUAAGUGUGUGUGUGUGUGUGUGUGUGUGUGUGUGUGUGUGUGCACGCGCGCGUGCAUGAGUGUGCGCACAAGUGUGAGCGUAUGUGUGCUGCCCUGCAUCCCUCCACGUGGCCCUUCUACACUACAAUUUAAGAUGUUGCCUCCUGUUGUACAUUCUGGGGAAAGCCUUGGGUGUAAAUCAGUGUAAAGUUGGAAGAGAGAUUUUUCUAUCAUGUAGAGUAGGUAUUUUUUAUAGAUUGAAGGUUGAUCAAUUUUUUUAAUACUUUCCAGAGAGAAAAACUAUCUGUGUAUACACAUGAAAUAUAUAUAUAUAUAUAUAUAUACAUAUGUAUAAUAUAUAAAUACUGGAGCCCUGCCUUUCUGUGCCCAGGUCCCAGCCCUACAACACGGGCUGUGGCCUGUCCUGCUGAUCACUCAGCAGUGCUGUGACUGUAAACACUAGUUUCCAGGAGACACUGAGAAACAUAGCACUGACCAACUUGCACGUGACACCUGCUUAAACUCCUACACAAUGACUCCUCUUGCUGGGACACAGGAGGGUGGAAGGCCAGCAGGGUCUUUGCCUAAUGUGUUGGCCACCACAGAUUAAAGCUGUUACCACAUAC